AUGAGACAAAGAAGAGCCUCCUUCUUUACCACUUUAGGGGAUGGGGGUGAAGGGGGUUUACAUACAACCGGGGCAAAGUGGUUUAUGAUUGAAUCUCAGAGGCAUUCUUAUCAUUUGGUAGAUCCAAGUCCAUGGCCUAUUUCGGGUUCACUCGGAGCUUUGGCAACCACCGUAGGAGGUGUGAUGUACAUGCACUCAUUUCAAGGGGGUGCAACACUUCUCAGUUUGGGCCUAAUAUUUCUCCUUUAUACCAUGUUCGUAUGGUGGCGGGAUGUUCUACGUGAAUCCACGUUGGAAGGGCAUCAUACAAAAGCUGUACAAUUAGGACCUCGAUAUGGUUCUAUUCUCUUCAUAGUCUCGGAGGUUAUGUUCCUUUUUGCUUUUUUUUGGGCUUCUUCUCAUUCUUCUUUGGCACCUACGGUAGAGAUCGGAGGUAUUUGGCCCCCAAAAGGGAUUGGGGUUUUAGAUCCUUGGGAAAUCCCUCUUCUUAAUACCCCUAUUCUCCCUUCAUCCGGAGCUGCCGUAACUUGGGCUCAUCAUGCUAUACUCGCGGGGAAGGAAAAACGAGCAGUUUACGCUUUAGUAGCAACCGUUUUACUGGCUCUAGUAUCCACUGGCUUUCAAGGAAUGGAAUAUUACCAAGCACCCUCCACUAUUUCGGAUAGUAUUUAUGGUUCUACCUUUUUCUUAGCAACUGGCUUUCAUGGUUUUCAUGUGAUUAUAGGUACUCUUUUCUUGAUCGUAUGUGGUAUUCGCCAAUAUCUUGGUCAUCUGACCAAGAAGCAUCACGUUGGCUUUGAAGCAGCUGCAUGGUACUGGCAUUUUGUAGACGUGGUUCGGUUAUUCCCAUUUGUCUCUAUUUAUUGGUGGGGAGGUAUAUGAAAGAAGGGAACGAAUAAGUGGAUUGAGGAAUAAAAGCUCGAAGACAAAGAGAACUUUAAGAGAAUGGAAUCCUAUUUAAUAUUAGCAAUUCACAUAUAAUCUUAAAUAACGAUCAUCCUCCUCUGUGUGCAAAACGAAGCUGCCGUAGGUAGUUGUAUUAUUAUGGAAUUGUGUUUUGAUUCCUAGUUUAUAAACGUUGUAAGGUAACGUUUCUCGUUGGUAGUAGUUGUUGUUGGUUAUAAACGUUAGUUGUUGUGAAGCAUAUGAGAAUAUGCCUGGUUUUGGGUAAUAUCUUAAGAGGUGCAACGUUCUCCGUGGGUGUUGGUACGAGUGUGGUUUUUCACAGGUCCGGAGACAAGAAAAGAGCCGAAUUAGUGUAGGAAUGGAGAUUUCUACUUUCCGUAGUUGGGUUCGAACCUGAAGAUGGUUUUGUGGUGUCUGCUUCGUCUCUAGAUUAUGCUUCGUCUCCAGAAUCCCUACCCUAAAGAGUGAAAUUGCGUAGCUUAAGGUAGGUGUUUCCCCAAUCCGCGCAAAAUAAACGUAAGGGCUGUCUAUUGGUAAUAGAAUUGAAAGGGUAGAAGGUAUCAACCCCUCGGCAUUGUUGGAGAAGUUUAAGUGGGAGUAAGCAUUGCCCCCUUACUUGUUCGUUGUCUAUCUGUUCUACUAACCUAACCUGAUGUCUACCUGUAGAAAUCUAUACUCGUUUGAACUACUCGAUUGCUAUUUUUUUGUCUUUCCUUUACUAAUACUAACUACUAAUAACGUGCGUGGAAUAACGAGUUUUAUUUUUUGGUCUGCUGAUUGAAAGAGGAGUGUUAAAGCAAUUCGCUUACGAAAUCACAGUCCAAAGCAAAGCAACUACUUACUGGUUUAGCUCGUGUUUUCCUUUUUGAAGUAGUUUGGCAGACGCAUCGAUUGUUCGUGGCUGGUCACACGGCUCCGGUGCAUCGGGCCACUCUCAAUUGUGUGGUUCCGAAAAAACUAGGGCUCUUCUCGUAUGAGCAGGCUUAUCAACCACUCAGAAUAGGGAGCUUCCAGCGGGAAGUCCAGCUUUGGGACGUUGCCCCUCCCUCGGAUGAAAAUAGAUCUCGUGGAGACGGGCUUGACAAAAGUCAGUUAGCAAGCGGGUGUUCCAUAAAAAAAAAAUAAACUAGGAUUCUCGGAUGAUUCAAGCUUUUUCAAGAGUGAGUAAGUCUCCCUACUCAUCGGAAAAUUAACACUCUGAGGCGCUUAUUCCUAUUCCCACUUGAAAAUCUACAGCCCAGUGCUCCGCCGUAACUUUAGUUAGGUCAAGCCUGCUUUCCGCACACUCUGUCAUGUCCUCACUUCAACCCCCAUUCUUUAGGCACCGUAAUUUCGCUGCUUCUUUCUUCUUCCAACCAGACAAAACGUAUGGAUCGCUUCCUGCUUCCUUUCUUUGGAGAGAAUGGGCUACGGCACCUACAAGAGCAUAUGCUCGGGCAUCCAUCCAAUUAUGGAAUAUUCAGGCCAGCAGUAAACGAAUGAAGACAAUGUCAAAUGUCAGUGGUCAUCAUCCCUAUAAGAAAUAUGGGGAAGCUUUGUACGCAAUCCAAGCAAGUCAAGCAGGGACACUGAAUCGGUAAAGAAACCAGCCUAAAGAGUAUGUAUUCACACUGGUACAGAACAUAGAUCAGAUCGUAAGGGAUAGAGGGAUGCAAUAAUAAAGAAAGAUCUUGAUUUUAUCUUUCCUUCCUUCCUGCUUAGGAAAGUUCGAGUUGCCGGGCCUCAGAGCCAAUUCCUUAAGGAAAAUCUGGUUUCUUACUUUAUUUGUGUGGGGACCCAUAUUUCAAUAUGUUCAAUUAACCUCACACCGGACUUUGUCACUUUGAAGCUCUAAGGUAUCUCGUACAAAUACGCAGGAGUCAGGACUCAUCUAACUACUCUUUCAACUAUCCCUACUCUUACUUAAACUGUCCCCCUAAGAAGUCAUCAAAUGGUAACACGAUGCCGGGUGUGGCAGGGAUCGAAAAAAAAGCAUUAGCUCAUUCGCAGAGAGAGAAUGAGAGAAGGUGGAUAAUGGUUAGGGAUGUAAGUACUAGAGUUUGGUAGGUUUGAAUUGUGUGGCCAGGGGUAUUGGUUACGAUUCCAGUGGUCUUCAGGCGAGUUGACAAAACUACCCCUAUGCGAAAAGAAUGAAGCUGAUGUGGUUGUUCCAAUUUAUGAAAUUGACUUGCUCUUCUCUCGAUUGAACCAUUGCAACCAAGGAUUGAAAAAAACUUCUAUUUACUCGAGUUUCCAUGUGAUAGAUUUUUCCUACGGAAACGUUUCCUUUUUUGUUAGAAACCCAGCUCUUUCCUUUCCCUUCCUGACCAUGAAACAGGCUAGCGCCUUUUAUGAACUCUUAUCCAAAAUCUCUCAUCAAUCAAAGUCUGUUCCUUCUACUGCACCUCAAGCACCUCCGGUUCAGGUCUUUUAUGAUUGUGACCAAUUUCCUGGCCCGUUGGAAGGCCAAAGCAGCCCAAGUGAUUGAUCUCUCCCCAGAAAAGGAACAAGUUCGGAUAAUGAUGAAUAACAUGAGUAGGCAAUACCAUGACUAUUUCUAUUUCCAAGCGAUGACCACGCUCUUUGAUUGAAGCAGCCACUCGUAUUGAAGAUGCUAUCUACAAUGGGAUGGGACUCAUGGAUCACAGGUCAAAGAGGCAGAUCCAAAAGGAAAGAAGAUAGCCCUGGGGGGAACAAGCAAGAACAGUGAAGUGAAUAUCUUGUCUGACGGAAAACCAAAGACACUCAGGACUUUCACUCCGUUCGGCAUAACUCUCAGCCGCGCCUUGGAAAAUAAGCUUAAGAAGCAUGCUGUACUUCCUCCUGCCAAUAUAAACAUGAUCGAGCCAACAUUGUCGAGUUGGUAGUCUCUGACUCCCUCCUUAUUACGCCAGCCGGAGAAAAGGGAGAAACCGAUGGUAGAGACAUGACUGGAAUCCAGGAGACUGACGAGAUUGAGCCCCCCUAUCGUAAGAAUAGAACGCGAAGCCAGGUUGAUUGAUGCCGAUGUAGUGCAUAUUCUCGUAGGAGAUGAUAGUUUCAUCACGAGCGAGAAUCUCCCACCAUCUGCUAGAUCUUGUUCUUGGUUCUGUUGGCUACUCUCUGGUGGGGCCCACCCUAUGUUGUCCCAGUGUGUAAACUUGCCUAUGAUGGGGUAUUGAUGCAAUAAUACAUGAGGGCCGAUGUAAUUGCAUCAUACUCAAGAGGAUGAGGAGGUCAUCUAAACCCUAAUACCUAAGUAGGAUAAGACAAUCUCUUUUAUCCCUAAGCAAUUUUAUUGAUAGAAUAUAGCCUGGUAAGCACUAACCUUGUCAGCAAGCUGAAUAACCUAUCCCUAAUAAGCUAGCCCUAGUGAGUUCUUGAAAGUAAGGCAGUAGUCUCUAAGGACGAGCUUUGACCAGUAGUGAAAGUGAAAAGCGAAUAAGAAUUGAUUUCUUAACUUAUCUUUUUUCAAGUAAGAGUCUACUCUACUCUACAUAGUAGGCUAGAACUAGGGCUCUACGGCUGGCGUCCACUUGCAAAGGACCAAUUCGACUCUGAGUUGUCGUAAAGAAAAUCCUUUGGCACUUUCAUGCGUGAUGGGUUGAAGCCACUCCAUAUAAAAGCGUUGUCAAGUAGGCAAGGUGUGGAAAGUAAGCUGCUUCUUCUAUCAAAGAGAUAAAUAGGGCAUUCCUUCCAUGCCUAUUCUUCAAUGGAAGGUGCUCCAUCCUCCUUAGAUGUCACCAGCCCUGCCUGGGCGAGGGAGGGAAGAGAUGGCUAGUAGGGAUUUAAGAGCAGUAAGGCGAGCUAUCGUUGUAAAGAAGAAAGUGUCUUUCAAAACUUUUUCUUCCAAAAGAAAAGUACUACUUUCGUUUUGGUGAUUGAAUGAGGAAAUAGGGAAAUGAACUCUUUAGUUUAAUGAGCGUGCUCGAACCGACUAAAUAGAAAAACCAUGUUUACGAAAAAUAGUAAUUUUAUCUGGCUCUUUUUCCUGUACUAACUCGAAUAAGCGGUGGAUCACUAUGCUUUGGCCGUUUUUUUUUCAACAAAAGCAGUGCGAAUCUAUGAGUGAAAGCUCGAAGAAAGGGCACAGGGUCUCUAGUCUGGAAAGCGAAUCAGCCCUUAUGGGGAUGCACGCUACGGAAUAAAUCCCGUUUGCCUUUCUGAAGAUAUAUUUCUUACUUCUAGAGUGAAAAGUUUUUCACUACUUUAUCUUUAUCUUUAUCACAUGUUGUAAUGUAUUGUAAAGCAUCUUGGAAAGCCCUUGAUAUGCUUUCUUCCUACUUGCCCGCAUCAGAGCAAGCAGAGGUGGAAACAGCAAAGUCAAAGGUCAGAUAUAGCCUUCCCGCGCGGGAUCGCCCUAACUAGUCAUAAUGGUAUGCUGGGUAUCGAUGUCUUACUUAAGCUGGUGGAACGUAGUGAAGGAGAGCUUCCUUUCUCUCUCUCUAUGAAGCUAUAGAUCAUCUAUCGGAGAAAUAGGUCUUGCUGCCUCCUUUCCUUCUCCAGCUUCGGUCUCGCUCACGGAUCUCAAGAGACUAAGAAUCACGAAUGUGCUUAGGUCCCUCCUCACACUCUUCGUAGUACCUCCAGUCUCCUCCACUAAAUCAUUCUCUUCAGCAGUAUCAGGUGCCAAGGAAUCCUUGUAUUCGGUAAAAAAGCUAUGCUAAGAAUCAGCAUAUCCCUUGCGCAAGCAAGAGCGAUUUAUUAAAUAAAUCAAGGAUUCUUGUUAAAUAUAAGAAAUCAAAGUAUUACACGCCAAUAUCCCUUUUAAUCUAUAAUCAGGGGAUUCAUUCUUACUAUAAGUGUUAUGAGAUCAAGUAGGCAUGAGAUAGAGGGUUUUGGUUGUAGCAGAAGCACCCUUCUUGGUUCUCCGUGCUAGAGUAUCACUACGUUUGGCUUCAUUUGUCAACCUUCUAAUCCCUUGUCCUAUAAGGGAAGGGAUUAUACCAUGUGGCCUGCUAUUCUAUCUUAAGGGGAAACCACUCACUCUCUUGACUAUCCUCCGUAAGGAGAUUUGUAUGAAUGAAGCAUCAACCAAUGUUAAUAGCCAGUUGUUGGAUCAGAAUAAACUACCCCAGUUCAGUCUUCUUUCCUCGUUCGGAAUAGAGAUCCAAUACCUGCUUUCAUAGAGCGGCAAUAGCGAAGUACUCUUAAGAUAAGAAGCAUCUCGAUGCGAUGCCAAAACUCCUCUACAUGCGCGCGGUAUGAAGAUCGAAGUAGCUCCUAGUCUAAUGGAAGCCCGAGAUCUUGAUCCUAACCUACUCGUCUAUGGUCCGGUAGACUUGUUGGCCACUUUGUGAGGUGCUACCUUUGAUGCCAAGGAUUAUCGACGAUCUGCUCAUACUCAUGGUAUAGCUGCUGAUGCUAAGUCUAUCUAUGUAGUGGAUGUAAAGAAGCAAGUCGCACAACACUUCUCUAGUCUAUCUAAUGCUGGUGCAGCUUAUGGAUCGGCAGAGCACUAUGCGACAAAAGUUCGGGCGAAUCCGUGACACUAAUGAAGUCAUGGAUAACCUGAACGUACAAAUCUGCACCAGCGCGUAAUUCCGAAAUACAUAUCCUGAUGCUGGUGAUACAUACGAUCUCUCUGAUGGCCCGAGGUGAGGGUUGUAUAUAGUUAGCCCUAUAUGUAUCCUCUCAGGUAUCUCCCUCCCCAUACCUAUACAGACAUAGACUACCUAGAGUUAGAGUAUUUGGGUAUUGCUAUCCCUACGCAAUGUGUUGACUCGGUUUCCUUCCUGUGGUCAUUGCUCUGGUAAUCAAACAUUAACAUGACACUCUCUAUCGUACUCUUUCUUCUCGGUAUCCUAGGAUUCGUCCUCAACCGAAAGUAGAUAGAUCAUCCUCAUGCUGAUCUCAAUUGAAAUCAUGCUGCUAGCUGUGACAGUACUAGUGAUUGUAAGCUCAUUCUCAUUCGAUGAUAUCGUAGGACAAACAUCUAGUAUCUACAUCAUCGCUAUUGCAGGUGCAGAAUAAGCUAUAGGUAUAGGUAUUCUUGUAGCAUAUUACCGUCUACAAGGAGAAAUUUAACUAAGCUAACAUGUAUCGUCCUUCGGGCCCUAGGGUCUAUUCUGACUCUCCCUAUGCUAGGUGCAAUGGGUGCAGGACUCCUUGGACGUAAGGUAAGAAAAACUGGUGCACAUAUUAUUACUUGUGUAGCUAUGUGUACAACAGCUCUCCUAUCUUACGUAGCAUUCUAUGAAGUGGGUCUAUCAGGAUCACCUGUAUCAAUUCGACUUGGUAGCUGAAUCGAUUCAGAAUGGCACAGUUGACUGAGGAUUCCUAUUCGAUAGCCUAACCGCUCAUCGAAGACCUCGCUGUAGUAACUGUAUAAGCACUAGUACACAUCUUCUCGUUAAGCUAUAUGAUAUGGCAGGAGAUACACACAACCAACGAUUCUUCUCAGACCUCUCUAUGUUAACAUUCUUUAUGCUUGUGCUCGUAGCUGGGGACAACUACCUAAUUAUGUUCCUAGGUUGAGAAGGUAUCGGGGUAAGCUCAUACCUACUAAUCAACUUAUGAUAUACACGACUCCAAGCUAACAAGUCUGCUAUUAAGGGCGGCCCUUACUGUGAACCUAGUAGGUGACACAUUCCUUAGCGUAGGAUUCUUUGCUAUGCUAUUCCUAUUCGGUAACCUAGACUAUGCAACAGUAUUAAGUAUCGUAUACUAAUGAAUAUGCACUGACAAUCACUGGACUACUAUUCCUAUUGGAACCAUCCAUUGCGAUGUCUGCCUGAUCGAACUCGCCCUCGGAGGAAAAACUCUCCUCUUUCCACUCAAGUAUGUUGCACCGUAUCUGGUGUGGUAUCCUCUCUUUUGAUAUUUAUGCUUACGAAAGCCCAUAUUGUAAAUAAAGAGCACUUCUUCCUUAUCCUUAUCCUUAUCCUUAUCCUUAGUAGCUUGAUUGCUGUUACACCUGUACUGCGGAUCUUUACUAUACUAUGGCAUUGGUCAAUUGAAAUCGUAAGAGGUUGAGAAGAUCCUUUUCUCAUCUGAUGCUUUGUUGUUUGCUCCGAGACUCAUAAGAGGUGAAAGAACACAAUGUUACUACCGGAUUUCAAGUGAGUGUACCGGUCUUGUCACUACAGAUGGUAGUUGCCGAACCCAUUGUUGAACACGCAGCCUUCUUACCGAGAAAAAACAAAAUGCUAGUUCUAACGAACAGCGUUUGUCCCAUCGACGAAGGCUAAUGAGACUUGCCUUUCUUUGCCCUUGAUUCUACUAUAGAUAUAGAUAUAGAUAUAGAUAUAGAUAUAGAUAUAGAUACGGUGCUGCAAAUUCGCAAGCUGAUCCUAAUCCUAAGUAUAAGUCAAAGUAUAAGUCAAAGUAAAAUCUUUGUCUCAAACCAUCCCAGCAAGAGGAUGCGCCUAGCGCUAGUUGCUCAAUCCCUUGCUUGUUUGUUUUCAUAAAAAGAAUGGUUCUUUUAUGCAAUUAUGAACGGGCAGGCCUCUUGUGGAUUCCUCCAACUCCAUGAAUGAAGGGGGGAGUAUGAGGAAGGCCGAUUUUCUUUCUAUAUGAAGAUGAAAAAAGGAUCAGGGUCAAACAUUUCUGACUUUUGUUGAGUAUGACUGAAUGAGGAAGAGCUCCUUAUGUGGUAUCACUUUACCACCAUCUGAAAUGCGCGAAACUCCGAUUGGUGGAAGCCAGUCCAUGAAGAUUCUCCCUUCUCUUACGUGAAAUUCCCCUCUUUCGGUAAGCAUCCAGUAUCUCAGCAAAUGAACAUUUCUCUAAGCUUAUCCUGUAGCUUAUACGUCGUUUGAAAGCUGCUCCAAGGAUCCAACGAAUAGCUAAGGUUUGUUGACGAUCCCUGGCUACAAUCCCAGGAACAUCAUAAAUAGUACCUGCGACUCCUACUUUGACCACUUCGCAUAUUGGCUUUAUAUUAUCUACGGCGUCAACCAUAAGUUUGAUUACAUCGCGUUCAGUUCGAGCUAGGCGGUGAAAAGUUUUAUAAACAAUAGCACGAACUCUCGUUCUUUUACCAUCGAUCAUGCGAAAGUUUACCAAUUUCUUGAUCAAUUCUUUUUGCUCACCAUCAAAGUCCCCCAUAUAGCUGAGAAUUUCCGAGCAAUUGGAAGCCGCUUUCGAUGACGAGGCCGAUAAAUUGAUAUUACGCGAUCGUUACUGUCCAUCUUUUUCAGCUCUGCUCCCAAAAGAGAAAGGAGACUUAAAGAUCAAUAUGUGGGCGUAGGUUUUUCCAACGAAACGAAAAAAAGAACAUUCGAACAAAUAGACUUGAUUCCAUGACAAAACAAAAUGCUAGUUCUAACGAACAGCGUUUGUCCCAUCGACUUUACUUUGGCCAAUGAUACUACUACUACUAUAUACUAUAUACUAUAUACUAUAUACUAUAUACUAUAUACUAUAUACUAUACGCGUUUUCUGAGGAGCAACAUGAGACUUGAUUUUCCGUUGGUUUUUCUAUUUUCUAACGAAAGUAUUAAUUAAUAUGCAGGAUAAUAUAAAUGGUUGGUUUUGUUCAAUACUUAGGUAUAGGUAGGGCUGACUACGCCACCUCAGCAGCUGGGACUGGAAUUGCUUACAAUGCAUCUGGCCACUGACUGAAUUCGAAGUAGGGCCAGUGUAUAAAGACCGGCUUAUCUCUCUUAAGACUUAGUCCACUUUCUACUAGAAUCAGAUUUUCUAGUUUGCAAGCAGGUGUGCCAGCUGUAACAAAAACUUACGGCUUAGGUGGAUUUCUUUAGUCAGUCUAUAACUCAGGCUUUUCUUUAUAGGACUCCCACACAAGUAAGUAGCUAGCUAGCUGGUAUUGCCAAAGCCAAAAACACUGCUGCAUUCGAAAAGGCGAACCGCGCGGACCCGACUUCUUCCUUUUAUGCUGAAACUAGCCGCCGGGGGAAAAGAGCCCGGAAGGGUAAAAAAAACAACUAGAAGCCAUUGGGCUAUUACUGCUACAGCGAGAUAUUGCCUGAAAGAGUUAUCCCAAAAGAAGGUUCUUCUGAAACGAGUGCUCAAGCCAACAAGCAAACGUAUACUUGAUUUUCUUCUUUUCUUGCAGCAUUCCUAAACUCAAAGCUCUAUAUUCUAUUCUUACGCUUCCAAUAUUCUCUUCCAAAAGCAAUAGGUUGUCGACAGAAGUCAAUGAAGCAACGUUUGAAAGAAACAACACUUCUUUCUCAAUUUCCACUUUAGAUAGGAGAGUCUGGUCCUUAUAUGAAACUGGUAUGCCAAGUGGAAUUCUGAGUACGGUUGUAUAGGACUGCUUUCAAGAUAGCGAGCAAGACCUACUCUCCUGGAAUGGGGCUAGUCAAAAGAAGACACCUUGAUAAGGAUUUGCUAACCUCUGACUCCCUUUCACUUCAUAUUGGAAUAUAUGAAACUCUCAAAGAUGUGCUUUCACUUUGAUGACAAGAUUCUCAUCACGUACUUACUCUUACAUAGCUCAAUCAAUCUGCUAGAAAGCUCUGCUCAGAAUGAAUUUAUGGGGUAUUAGCCACAGCAAGUAUAAAAUAAGUUUCUUUGGAAAGCAAGAACGAAGUAGGCGAGGAAAGGCAUACAUAGGUCAGAAAAGUAUGCAUGGUCGUCACGGCACGGGUAAGGAUUCUCAUUCCAGCAUUCUUGGGUCUAGUUUUGUUUGGACUUGGGCUUAGAUGUAGUGGGUUCUUGGGCCACAGCUUUACCUAUCAAAACCUUCGAAGGAGCAUUAGUCUUUGACACAUCAAUCAACCCGGCGUAGGAGCAUGGGAUUUGGACACAUCAGCACCAAACCAGUUGUUGAAGUGGAGUAUGAGCUUCUAUCCAAUCGAAAGAAGAAGCAAAGGCUUUUCGGUAAAGUAUCCGUUUUUUAGUGGUCCUUGCAUUCACUCCUCCAAGGAGGUGGUAAUUCAUCCAUAGUACGUACGCCUAUCUAUGGAAAAGUUCUUUUGUUGCUUCAGCUGUCAACGCAUUCUCAGCCCCUGCAUAAUGUUUUUAUUAAUAAGCUCUCUAUCGGCCGAAAAGGUCUUCUUUAGACCAGCGGAUGGAUAAGGCUUAGUUUUGUGCUUUUCACCUUCCACCGGCUUCGAGGCAAAGAUAUCCGGGGCCCUAUUCUUAUAUUCACGUUAAUGAAUGGAUGGGUAGCACGGAAAAGUAAGUGCUAACAAGAUGAAAGGAUUGUCCAAUACACAUACAUACCAGUUAGAAGAGGGAAGGGUGGCCUCAGCUGUCGGAGCCAAGCAUCGGAUGUACUUCCUCGAUGAAAAGGCACUGGAUAGCGAUAGACGUACGAUUUCAAUCAAUUCUCUAGGGGCCCUGGAGAAUUGAUUGAAACAAGUCAAGUAUUGGCGUAGUCAUAUACAUAUAUCGUCCUUGGCUCGUAGGCGUAAUUCGUAUUCGUAUUUGUUAUUAAUUUCUUUACUACGUCGUAGGAAUAUCUCUAAAUAGGAAUCGUAUGUACAUGUUUCGUAUUGUGAUAAAGCACCUAUGCCGCUAGAAAUAGUAGCGCCUUAAAGAAGGCGUUAUUUACAAGAUGGAAUAGUGCUACGUCAUAAGCAGAAAGACCACAAGCCAUAAAUGGGUUACCUAGCCACAUAAUUACAGACAGGGACCCAACUCUUAGGCCAGUCCGAAGGGCAUUGAUGGAACAAACAAAGGUAGAAGAUCUUGAUUCUCUGCAAUUCGGCUUCAACCCGAUGGAGCUCUCUUCAAAACAUAUCUUUCGGCGUCAGUCUUUCCUGCCUUACCUUAACCCCGCUUUCACGUGGCGAUUCGGUAUGAGGUUUCUCUGAUCUGUUUACGGUAUUCUUGAAGCUUUCUUUCUUGGUCACCGGACAGAGUGAGAACUGCUCUGCUUGCUUUCUUUCCCUAGCACACACUUAGUAGAUAGUAGGCACAACUCCGCUAAGAGCUCAUCGAACUUUACUUGUAGAGUGAGACCUGUGCUCGAUAUGGUUCAUUUCAGUGCUCUUUCUCUCGGUAUGGUUCACCACAUGCCUGUGAUCUCUCUCAAGCUAGGUAUCGGAGAAGUCCGUCAUGGAAUUGAAGUGGUAGAGUGGUAAGUGGGCGUACGGUCUAUGUAUUUCUUAUCAGUGGCAUUAGUUCCUUUUCAUUCUCUAGAUAGAUGAACAAGCUUCUCUUUAUAUUAUAGAAUAGAAAGGAUCAAAAGGGCUCUCUCAUCUCCUAUUUGUUUGAGCCAUUCAUUAUAGUGGUGGUGCCGGGAAGGCAGCUUAGCACUCUAGUCCUUUUGAGUAAGGAAUUGUAGCACGGGCAGGCAAGAGACAACCUAGCGAACUGAAACAUCUUAGUAUAGUAUAGUAUAGUAGAGAAUUUGGCGUUGCCACAUAAACAUAUAAGUAAGGUUGUGGACCAACUAUCCGGCAUAGAGGGAAAAAAAAGCAGUGUGCCUUCUACUCAUCGCCCAAUGGGUACUCGACCGACUUCAAUUGGUUCACGAUGUGGUUGAACUCGCUUAUCGGCGAGGUACUUUAGGCCAUUUUGAGGAGCCGACGCAGGGCAGGGCAGGAGAUGAAGUUUGUUUGAACUAAAGGGCGAAAGCUAUAUAUAAAUAUACCGAAAUGAAAGAACUGCUGUUUUUAGCAAUUGAAAGUUGGGGAAAUCGCUCAGUUGGUUAGAGUGCUGGCUCUGGGAAUCCACGGAUCACGCCACACUCGGACAGUUCGCCCAUUGCCAAUAUGCCAGAUGAUGGAUUCCUUGGUUUUAGUUAGUCGCUGCUCUUUCUAUGGCAGUGGUUGAUCCUCUCGUCGUGGGUCGGUUUAGUCAUUAGCUCGAGAGGACAGGGGAGAGAUAGGAGACAAUCUAUGUAACCUUAGCCUACCCCAAUAGUAAGUAUCGGAAAAAGGACUCCUUCUCGAAAGAGAUAGGCAGUCAUCGCAUUAUCUACUUGAUUAUGAUAUUUAUUUUUAUCCAACGGAUAAUGCAAAUCGCCUAUAAAUUAAAGUGAAAGUUCAGUACGAACUGGUAGAGCGAGAGCAGCUAGUUUAGAAGGAAAAGAAAAAGGGCGCCUACUCAGUGGUAAGUUAGGUCAUUCCUUUCCGGCUAUCAGAAAAGAGUAUGAUCGAGGGUCCCAUAAGGCAAAGGGAAGGUGCUCCCCCGACCUACUACCCUCGGAGAGAUUCCUACGGUUGCAAUGGUGAGUUGUGAACUUUGUAGAGCUUCGUUCUAGUUCCAUCAUUUUUCUGCAUUCUUUCUAAAGUGCUAGUUUCCUCUAUUUCUAAUAUCAGAGUAACACGGGAAUUCUCUCUGGGAAUCCGCUCCCCCUGCUUGCUUGUAUUGGGCAUUUGGCAGAGGCAGGUUCUCCAUCAUUAAGAGGCUUCUCACUUUGGUAUCGAUAUGCGUCUGAACUCCUCCACUCUUUCACUAGGGGUACACACAACUCUGGACUUGUGCAGCUAAUAGAUUACUUUCUCAAAACAGCCUAUUUUGGAGGAAAUGCCCAUGGGAAUACGGUUCUUGGGAUACCACAGGGGAGUACCAUCUCACCGGUCCUUAUGAACAGCUUUCCCCACUGAAUCAUUAGAUCACCCGCUUAUGUUCCCUAGUUGUCCAGGUGUGACCUAGUUUGCUUAGUAAGUAUGGAAGGACAAAAGACGAGUACAGAUGACUACUAUUCUCCGGCAGAAAGUCACUCAUUUCCUCUUAAAGGUCCCAAAGAUAUGAGUAAAAAACUCUUCCAAAUCAAAGAUUUGCCUAUUCUUCGUAGUACGAGAAUACUCUUACUUCUCAUUGACACAGACGAGAAAGAAGUAAGUAGAAUAAAGGAAGAAUGUUAGUAUAGUAAAAGGAAAAGAAAAAUCCAUUAUAUAUGCUAUAUCUCAUUCACUGAGUAGUGCAAUAAGCAACUAUUCGUUGACACCAACUCACUUAUACUUGAAGACAGGAACAUAGUAAAGUCAGCUAAUCCAUUGACACAUUCUCUAUUCUAAGACAAGAAAAAAGAGUAACUGAAGAAUAGUACUCUUUCUAUUGUUCAUUUCCUAUGAAUCUUUCUUCAUUCACUUCAUUGAAAAGAUAUUGUGCAUUUACCUAAUUUCCUGUCAUAGAUAGUCUAGUGAAGCUAGCUUACUAAUGCCAAGAACUACUACUCACCAAAACCUAUCCUUACUAAUACACGGCUAUAUGAUAUUCUUAUUUAUUAUUCUAUUUCUAUAUUUACUCAUAUUCUAGUUUCGUAAAGCUAUACUUUAGAGAAGGAAAGAGAGAUUCUAGGACCACUUGCCCAUAAGAAUAAGACCGAACUUAACUACCUGUAACUGCCCCAACUGCCCAUGUGUACUAACCCCCCGAAAUCACUUUCCCUACUGCUACGUUGAAAUGAAAAUGCCCGCCUCCAAUCCGCUUAGUUAGACCAGACUCUCAGACAUAUGAUUGUUGAGUUAGCCAAGUGAGGGGUUCGUUCAGCCCGUCAAUAAAGCUAUUCUCGGUAUAGAAAUAGAUAAGAAGAGCUCCAAUUAGGGGCAGGCGCAAUAAGGAAGGAUUGACGAGACCCACCGGAACUUCAACUUUCAGUCUUCUAUACGUUACCUGCCUGGAAACAUGUUGGGUCGUGUCUUAACAUUCCGUUCUAAGAAAGAUUCCACCUCUCCUCGACUACCGAGAACCAGCCUUCUUUCUCCAGCUAGAGGAGAGAGGUUUCUUUCAUGUUAUAUUCAAAAAUUGAAUACCCUCAUGUCUUUACUAUACUAUGUGUACAAAUCCGGCACUUAAAGCGGUACUCCUCCCCAGGAAUGAAUGCACGUAAAAAACCCAUUAAUGAAUUCUCGUCCCAAUUAGAAACUCCCCUCCCUACGUGGGACCUAUCUUCCUAAUGCCUUGCUUCAACUACUACUUAGAGUUCUCCAACGGACCUGUAGAUAUGGUAUCUAGUUUGCUUUGAAUAAAUCAAGUUGUAAGAAAGUGAUCUAUCUCAUAGUUCUCCAUACCCAAAACCAUUUAUUUCACUGCAAAGACGAGUACGACAAGAAGAGAGGAGUAGUACAAAAGACCCAUAUCAUAGAAGAGUGAGACCUCCAUAAACUCUUACCUAUCCCAAUAGACACAUGACCUAGCCUAGCCCCCACCGCCCUAUUUCCUGUACCCACGUUCUUUCAAUGCCAAUACUGCUACUCAUACAUAUGAGACGGCAGAAAAAUGGGCGAGAAAAAAAUAUCUACUUUACUAGACUAGUAAUACCAAGUAACGUAACGAUUCUAGUUUUAUUAGACUCCUUACAAGCCCUAUUUUUUACAAGUCAUAGAGUCAUCCGCCCUGUUUUCCUCCUAUGCUUCUCUAUUCCUAUCAAUAAGCCCUUCUCCCGAUAUUCCUAUCAAGAAGAACUCUCUCUGCCUGGCUUUGCUAGCUUCGUUCUCCUUACCAUAAAGUCUAUUUAUUAUAUUAUUGGAUCCGACCUGUGAGAAACCAAUCGGAGUUCCUACAUUGGUAUUACUAGUUGAGCCUAUAUGAGCGUACGUUGGAUACGGUGCAGUUAUAUAAGCUAAGAAAGAGCUGCUUAUAAAACCUUCUAAUAUACUGAUCGGUGGCUAGGUCAUUGGUGCUUCUGCUUUUCUUGCCUCCAACCAUGCGGUACAAGCUCAGAUAUCUUUAGAUUGAGCUAAGUGAUAUCGCUAGGCAACCCCAGCGAACUUCCAACCUAGAUCAGUCCUAGAAGUUCGUUGCUCUGAUACCGAAUCACGGAAGAAGAAGAAAAAGCCAUUUAAAGACCCAAAUAUUCAGUUAUAUCUUAUAGCAGUCAGUGGAAAAAUGAUCAUCGGUUCGCGGAUUGUUUUCACUCUGUUCUUCGCUUGAAUGGAAUUCUUCUUCUGCCUAGCUUUUGGUUCUCUUUUAGGAUCGUCACGUUAUACGUUACUCUUUCGUGCCGUAGUUACUCACUGGGGAUGAAAGCCAAGAACUAAACGAUCAAGAAAGAGGCAAAUGAGAAAGAAGAAGGAGCAGGGUCUCGUGUCCACUAAGAAAGCAGACAGUCCAGUCUAGCAUCUCUAUAUCUAAUUGAGUGGAAUAAAAACACAUUAUCGAAAGAGUUCUUUCGAGAAAUUAUGAUUCAGACGAAAGUGGUCAGUUCUGUUCUAUUUGAAUCUGAGCCGCGGAAUCAGCAUCUACCCAAUCCUCAGUCGUACAAUGAAGGCUUUAAACCAAAUAAGUUAGAGGCAGCAGUGAAACAAGAAAUUACCGAGCGAGCACCAGGCUUGGGAAUAUGUUGAAAGAUGGAAAUGCAGAGAAGAGGUAAGAGGAAAUUAUACAGGCUUGCCUACAAUCCCUUUCCUUGUCAGAAAAGCAAUUUCACCCCUAACUUAAGAUGCUUACCUACCACUACUACUGGCUGGAGGCAAUGGCUUUAGGAUAUGCCCUGACCGAGCUACGUAUCUUUCCUAUGGGUGGGUGAAAAAUAAAAGUACUAGGAAGAAAUGUGCUUUUUGUGCGUGCUUUUUUUCUAGCAAAAGUGCUGCAAUAGAAUUUUGAAAAAGCUUUAUUUAAAAGAAAAAGUAUCAUUCGCAAAGCUAAACAAAGUAAAGUAGAGAAAAGGGGGUCAUCCCCUUGGCCAGACUGAGCAUCAAGCCAGCCAAGAAGUCAAAGCUGAGAAGGAGUGACUCGCAUGAGUCAACACUUACUACUCAGGUCCGGUAGAGCAAUCUCAAAUUAUCAUAUAGAAAGAAACUCUCGACGGGAGGAGUAGUUUCAAAUAGAAGUGAAGUAAACAGAUUCAAGUUAGCCCAGUGUAGAUCCUUGGAAAAGCAGUUCAAAGCAAAGGUUUUGUUAUUGAAAGCACUACUUUUACAUAUACAUAUAUAUGAAGAUGAGUUUUAUCAAAUCCUGUGGUGACUUCCCAAGCCAAGGUAAAAAUGUGAAGUAAGGAUUUCCCAUAUAUAUGAAACUAAAAUGAACCCUCCUCGGCUAAGGUUGAAUCAGAUAUAGAAGAAGCGGAAGCAGGAAGCUGAAGGAUAUCCGUAGCGAAUGAGGAAUAGGACAUGCAUGUGAGCUAGCGAAAAGGGAAUAGCACAUUCUCUAGGGUUCGUAUCAAGCGCUAGCAAAUGGAGAGGGUCAAUCGAAUCCGUAUCCUCGAGCGCUGGGUCUGUCCUCUAAUGAGGAGCUCCUUGCUUUUUUGAUCCGUGAAUCCGGAUCUGUACCUUCAUCUGAAAACUAUUCGCCGGUUGUCCGCAUUCCUCUCCUCGAGCGAAAGGUGUUCCCACGCAAUCGCUAUCGCUGUUCCUACGACGUAGUCAAUACGCAUUGGAAUAAUGGCAUCCCCUCCACCGUAGUAAAGUAAGAAGUAACGGGUCUACGCCCAGCUUCCUUGUUCGGUUCUGGUUACGGGAACGGUUGACUUUCGAAAUAAAAUACCCUUCUUCCCCGUUUUGCAAAUUCACCUAGAGCUAGCGAAGCGAGUCCGUUUCCAGCGAUGAAGAGCUUUUUUAUUUAAUGAAAUAUUGGUCUACGCCCUCCUUUGAUGCCCAGAGGAAGAAAAGCGAAGGAAAGAAUACUAUCUAUAACUAUAACUAUAAGGGAAGGGAAGGGAAGGAUAUUGAUAAAAAAUAGGAAAUGGAAGUAGAUGAGCGUCUGUCAGGUGCUUGUUGACAUUUAUAUUGGAAAAGAGCUUUCGGUUCUAUUCCUUUUUAGUUUUAAGUAAAGGCUUUUUAUCGACGAAUAAAUAAGCUCUUUCUACUUUGCCUUAAAAGCUCGUCCUAAG